AAAGGAGUAAAAGAAGAUUUUCAGAAUUUCAGAUGAUAUUAUAUUAUUUAUCAUCAUAUCCGUCAAAGCCGUCUUCUUUCGUCUUCUCUUCAUCAGUCGGUCAUCGCCCAGUUUUUUUCUUUCUUUCUCUCUUUUCUUCAACAAUCUCCAGGAAAACUAAAAGUUUCUGGAUUACUUCGUCUCUCACUUCAUCUUUAAUAUAGCAAAUUGGAUUUUUUUGUUUAUUCUGCCAAAAUUGAGAAUAAUUUGUAUAGACGAGAGUGUUAUUUUGAAGUAACCACCGCUGCUGAAUCGGAUUCUACACGUCUUAUAUCGGAAAUCGAACGAUGGAUCAUGUAAUCGGCGGAAAAUUCAAGUUGAGUAGGAAGAUCGGUAGUGGAUCAUUCGGUGAAAUUUAUAUAGGGAUUAAUGUUCAAACUGGAGAAGAAGUUGCUGUUAAACUGGAACCUGUGAAGACGAAGCAUCCACAACUUCACUAUGAAUCAAAAGUAUACAUGCUUCUUCAAGGAGGGACGGGUGUUCCUCAUCUCAAAUGGUUCGGUGUAGAAGGUGAAUACAACUGCAUGGCCAUUGAUCUUCUUGGUCCAAGCUUAGAAGACUUGUUCAAUUACUGCACUCGGAAGUUUUCUUUGAAAACUGUUCUAAUGAUUGCUGAUCAAUUAAUCAACAGAGUUGAGUUCAUGCAUACAAGAGGAUUCCUUCACCGUGAUAUUAAACCGGACAACUUUUUGAUGGGUCUCGGUCGUAAAGCAAACCAGGUGUAUAUCAUCGAUUAUGGGCUUGCUAAAAAGUAUAGAGAUCUUCAGACACAUAAGCAUAUACCAUACAGGGAAAAUAAGAAUCUAACAGGAACUGCUCGAUAUACAAGUGUCAACACACACCUUGGGAUUGAGCAAAGUAGAAGAGAUGAUCUGGAGUCGCUUGGUUAUGUGCUGAUGUAUUUUAUACGAGGAAGGUAGGAAACUAUCUUGGUUUGUUUAUUAUUAGAGAAAGAAUCAUGAAUUCCUGUCUCAGUUUACCUUGGCAAGGUCUAAAAGCUGGUACCAAGAAACAGAAAUACGACAAGAUUAGUGAAAGGAAGAUGCUUACUCCUGUAGAGGUUCUUUGCAAGUCAUUUCCGUCGGAGUUCACGUCGUAUUUCCAUUACUGCCGAUCAUUGAGGUUUGAGGACAAACCAGAUUAUUCAUAUCUGAAAAGACUCUUCAGGGACCUUUUUAUUCGGGAAGGUUAUCAGUUCGACUAUGUGUUUGAUUGGACAAUCUUGAAAUAUCCUCAAAUGGCUUCAAGUUCGAGACCAAGGCCAAAUCCAAAACCAGCUCCAGACACUCCAGGACCAUCUGCAGAAAGAAGUGAAAAGCCUACAGUGGGUCAAGAUCUGCGAGAAAGAUUCUCAGGUGCGGUCGAAGCAUUCGCCAGACGAAAUGUAUCGAGUCCUGGCGUUCGCUCUUCCAAAGAAGUGCAUGAUUCUGUUGCCACGAAAAGAGCGGUUGUGUCGAGCAGCCGACCUGGCUCGUCAGGUGAGCUGAGCGAGAACCGCUCAAGUAGACUGUUCUCGAGCGGUGCACAAAAGAUUCAACCGAGCCAAGAACCUAAGCCAUCCGCAAGGCUUGGCCGUGAUGACGCCCUGAGAAGCUUUGAUAUGCUUACUAUUGGUUCCGGUAAGCGGAAAUGAGUCACAGAAGAGGGGAACUUAGCAAGAUUCUGUUUUAAAUCAUCUUUGUUGGGAAAAAAAAAGAGGAGAGAAAGUAAAUCUGUCUCCCUCCUUUUAUGUGUGUAUAUAGAAUUUAUUCAUGUCAUAAACUGGUAUAUGUAACUUGUAACAAAGUUGAAAGUUGGUCAAAAUACUCAAACCCUAUUAAUAAUUUUAAAAGUUCUCCUGAAGUAUCUGAGCUGAAAAAAUGGUUGCCC